GCCGGUGUUCCCCUAGAGGACUGUUCACUGAUCUGCUGUAGGUCGCUUUACCGGCGCUCCCUGAAACUGUCCCUUGACUGGGCCGUCCACCGGCAGAUCUGGCGUGGACAGGCUGUCUAUAUCCGAUCCCUUUUCGAAGCCAACAAGGACGUCCGCGAUCCUCGGCAGCAACAGGUUUUGCUGCGCGAGACAGAGAAGCUCUUGGAGAGCUGGAAGCACCCUGACCCAUACCGGGCGCCUACUGCGCCCGGCGGCAACAAAUGGGAGCGCAACCUGCCAGCCCGAAUCCUGCCAUAUGCCCAACCCCCCGCUGCACACUGA